AUGAACAUCGCUAAACUCACCUCGGACGACUUGCCGUUGUUCCUCGGCAUCACCAGCGAUCUUUUCCCCGACGUGGACGUGCCGGCGAUCGAUUACGACGAAAUUAUCGGCUACAUAACCAAGGAGGUCAUCAAACUGAAGCUCCAGCCUAUUCCCCUGAUACUGACGAAAGUUAUCGAACUGUACGAGACGAUGAAUUCGAGGCACUCGACGAUGAUAGUGGGCGAGUCGAACACAGCGAAGACGGUUACGUGGAGGGUGUUGCAGCAGACGAUGACGAGCAUGAAGAACGACAAGAAACCGGGAUACGCCGCGGUUCACGUCUACCCUAUUAAUCCGAAGGCGUUGAGCCUCGCCGAACUUUACGGCGAGUACAAUCUUGCCACUGGCGAAUGGCACGACGGCGUGAUAUCGUCGAUCAUGCGAAAAACCUGUUCCGGUAAGGACACCGUGUGUAUCCUCUAUAUUUCCCGGCCAAACUCUAUAUAUAAAGUUCUCGGGCCGGGACUCUUCGUCGCGGUGAACUGGACAAAGUCGACAGAUUCUCGUUACUUUUUGACAGACGAUAGCCCUGACACGAAGUGGAUCCUCUUUGACGGGCCAGUGGACGUUGACUGGAUCGAGAACAUGAACAGCGUAAUGGACGAUAACAAGGUUUUGACUCUCAUAAAUAACGACCGGAUCACUAUGCCGAAGCAAGUGUUGCUGCUGUUCGAGGUCCAAGAUCUCGCUGCCGCCUCUCCAGCGUCAGUUUCGCGGGCGGGGAUGGUGUACAACGAUUACAAGGACCUUGGUUGGAGGCCUUACCUACAAAGCUGGCUGCAGGGGUUCCAAGGAAAGCCAAAAUUCGUAGAGGAAAUGAGAAAAUUAUUCAACGCGCACGUGGACGCUACCUUGGAAUUCAAACGACGGAAAUGCGAGGAUCUCGUCCCGGUUCCCGAAUUAAACGCCGUACAAUCGCUGUGCAAGCUUCUAGAAGUGCUCGCCACACCUGAGAAUGGGGUUCAAUUCACCGGCGAUGUAGACAUGUUCGCCAAUAUUUGCCGAAUAUGGUUCUUCUUCUGGUAUAAUUUAAAGAAAAUAUCUCACAUGUCAGGUUUGAUAUGGUCUAUUUGUGCGUCGGUCAACGAAGACAGUAGAUACAAGAUGGACAAUUUCAUACGAGAGAUAGAGGGCACGUUCCCGAUACGAGACACUGUGUACGAAUACUUCGUAGACUCUCGAAUACGAUCGUUCGUUUCCUGGGAAGAACGACUGCCUCCAGUAUGGAAGAUCCCGCCAAAGACACCCUUCUACAAGAUAGUCGUGCCAACCGUAGACACAGUCCGUUACGAGUACAUCGUGAGCUCAUUAUUAAACAACCGAUUCCCAGUUCUUAUACUGGGUCCCGUAGGCACAGGCAAGACAUCGAUGCUUCAAACAGUGCUAAACUCCCUGGACAAGGAGAAAUACAGCGUGUUGACCUUGAACAUGUCCGCGCAGACCACCUCGAAGAACGUACAA